UCCAUCUCCCUCCCCUCUCUGUACAUCGCUAUCAUCAUUGUGAAGGUGGUGUGACUGGCAGGGCUAGGAGGAAGACACGCAGCAUCAGCACAGGCAUCCCCAACAUCAUCAUCACUCAGAAUUCCUUAACCUAACAGACAGAAUGGCAGAGGGCUCAGGAUUAGUAGCGGAGGUGGAGACGGCCUUCAAGAAGUUUGCCAUUCAUGGGGACACCAAGGCUACUGGGAAGGAGAUGAACGGCAAGAACUUUGCCAAACUCUGCAAGGACUGCCGGGUCAUUGAUGGCAAGAACAUCACCGCCACCGAUGUGGACAUCGUCUUCACUAAAGUCAAGGCGAAGACAGCUCGUGUGAUCACCUUUGAGCAGUUCAGCCAGGCCCUGUCAGAGUUGGCGCCGAAGCGUUUUAAAGGGAAGGGCCAGGAGGAGGCGCUGCAGCAGCUCUACGGCCUCAUAGCAGGGAAGGAGCCUGCCAACGCGGGUGUCACCAAAGUGGCCAAGGCAGCGGCGGUGGACAGACUGACAGACACCACCAAAUUCACAGGGGCACACAAGGAGCGGUUUGACGAGUCGGGCAAAGGGAAGGGCAAGGCUGGGCGAGUAGACAUCCCAGAUGCCAGUGGCUAUGUGGGUGCCUACAAGGGCAAGGGCACCUAUGAGGAUAAGGUCAAGGAAGCAUAGGCAAGACAGAGGGAGAGAGAGAGACCCC